AUGGGGACCCCCGAGAGCCUCUCCGUGCCCCUCAGGGGGCUGCCCACGGCAUCCCCCAGCCCCGGGAAGGGCCGGAGGGCGGUGGUCGUGCCCGGGCUGUGCGCCCUGGAUAAGGACCCCGGCACCGCCUGCGCCGAUUUCUCGCUGCGCUGGUACCACCGGAGGGACACGGGGACCUGCGAGCGCUUCUGGUACGGGGGCUGCGGGGGCAACGCCAACCGUUUCGGCACCCAGAAGGACUGCGUCCACACCUGCGUGGGCACCGCCGCCUGCCUGGAGGCUCGGGACGCGGGGCCGUGCCGCUCCUACUCGCCCAAGUGGUUCUUCGAGGAGCCCGGGCGCUGCUCCCUCUUCUGGUACGGGGGCUGCGGGGGCAGCCGCAACCGCUUCGAGAGCCGGGAGCAGUGCGAGGCCCUCUGCGUGGCCCCGGGCGCCGGGGGGAGCCGGGACCCCCUCCCCAAAAACUCCUCCGCCUGCGCUCCCGGCUGCUGA